AUGCAGAGAAAUGCGAGGUACUCAGAGGUACUUCCUGGAGAUAAAGUGCUAGUGCAACAAGAGAGGAAAAACAAGCUCACAACCCUUUUUGAACCAAGUCCGUACACUGUGGUAAACAAGCAUGGGAACAGCUUCAUCGUGCAAUCUCCAGGAGGAGCCCAAUACUCACGCAAUACAUCUCAUGUAAAGAAACUGCUAGAGAUUGGUGAUACACAUGAUGAUACACCAAGUAUACCGGAAGUGGUGAUAACUAGAGAGCCCCACAACCAACACCGCGGCAAAACGCACUACGCAUGAGCACAAAAUUAACAUCCGGUCAGCUUUUUAUUUCCGGUCUAGUAUAUAAACCAAUUGCGUAAGCACAACUUUGCCGUCGCGCCAAGCUUAAAAGCAAAAAGGGAGAAACAGACAAAAAAGGGGGCGGAAAAAAUCACUUCAUUCGAUGGCUGAUAUAUUUUUCUAGUGUCAAACUUUUGCACCACAUGGUUAUCUGGUUGCACCAACGCUGAAAAUUAUGUUUGAAGUUCGUAGGUCGCUAGCGCUCGACAAGACGCGCGAAUUUUUUUUUUCUGGUUUUCUUGCAUGCUACUAGUUUGGCAUAAGUUAAUUUCGGGGAGAAGGCGAUAACUAAGAAAAGAAUCUAUAGCAAUACUUAUGAAAGAGACCAAAAUAAAGACGUCAUUAUUAUCAGUAAUACUAGAACCAAGAAAUAAAAGUUUAGUCUGUUCAAUAAUUAUUUUACUAUCAGAGAAAACAAGAACUCAAAACAAAAGAUAGGCGGGAUUUAAUGACAACCUCGACUUUGAUGACAGCAGUACGAAUACCCGAAGCUUUCGGUGCCAGGAAACUAAACAUGCCUUAAAACUUACUAUCAUUCAAGAAAAUGCGUAUUUAAUUCUUUUACAUGGUUUGUGAGAAUCAUUUGAUUGACAAUUUUAUGGUGAACAUUUUGUUAUUCCUUAUAUGGCGUGAUAAACACAUAUCACGUGACUAGUUUUUACAUGUGCUUGUUCAGCAUGUCUUUGAGUUAGGUUUUGGUUCAUUGUAAGCGAGAAUACGAGAGUUAAAUCGUGACGAUUUGUACUGGUUUCGAGGAUUAAAGCGUUGAAAUUAAAACAAACGAGUUUCCGUUCCUUACAUGGUUGUUCUUUGGUUGAAGACUUCAAUAAUUUCAGACUGUGCGGCUCGGCUGCAUCUCAUUUAAACACGAAACUUCCAGCUGCUAAAUACAUGGCAUCAAAAUUUCGACUUCUAAAAGCCACCGACCCAGCUUUCGCUCUCUGAUUCUGAGAGUGAAAAAAUUAAUAAAUAGAGUUGUCAGCUUGCUGCCAACCUCAACAGUAUAAUUAAGCUUAUGUUUCAUGGCAAUCAACUCAGAAGAGCUUCAUUCCAAAACAUGGUAAAACUCACUGGUAAAUAAAACUACAAAACGAUUGUGUGUUGUCGUUUUCCAAAUAAAGUUCGAAGCGGUUUGAAGACAUUAAGACUGAGAAAUUGAAGAACCGAAAAUUAGAACUACAAUACACAAGCUUGCAAUGAUAACUUUUUAUGGCUUGGUUUCAGCCAGGUUAAGUGAAAAAUGGCAGUCAAGAACUUUGUUUUCGUGAAAAAAAAUCAGUUUACCUGACGCUCAAAUUAUCCAAAAUUACACAAGUUAUUAUCAACUUACCUUUUCAGGAGGGAAUCUAAUCGACUAAUUGUUUCAGUGAUCUGUGCCUGGUUAUCAAUAAAAGCAAUUUCAAUAGCUACAAAAUAGUCAAAAACACGAGCAGCAUGAAGCAGAACAACUGAACCACAAGCUGCACACAGAAUGAAGCCGGACGCGCGCGGGAGACUAUGACCUGACUGGAAAGUGUGACUGAAAAAGUGACCGGAAAUGCUAAACCUGGCGCAUGCGUAGACGUUUUGCCGCAGUGUUCCCACAACCAGGAUAAACCGACCCCGCAGCAGAGUGUGGUGAUACCGGAACCAAAUGUUGUUGAGCCUGAAGUUCCACUUAGGAGGUCCCAGAGACACAGAGUGGCACCAAGCUAUCUCAAAGACUAUUGUACUUAA